GUCUUGGGAGGGACCCUGGCCCUUGGGGGGAGCUUGUUUUGGUGUCAGGGAGGACCCUGGUCCUGGGGGACUGGCUCCAGGGGUGUGGGGGGACCCUGGUUCCUCAGUAGGGCUCUCCCCAGCCCCGCUCCUAUGUCAGGGCACCCUGACCCCAGGCCUUUUAUCCUCCCCAGGCGCUACUUUGUGGACCUGACCAGCAUGAAGGAGCACUUCAGGUCCAAGGUUCACAAGAAGAGGCUGAAGCAGCUGCGGGAGGCACCGUACACGCAGGAGGAGGCAGAACGUGCCGCCGGGAUGGGCUCCUACAUCCCCCCGAAGAAGGUGGAAGUGCAGACGCAGCCGCUUGAGGAAGUCAUCGAGAUGGAGGCGUCCAGCUGAGCGCGGACUGAGGGGCCAGGCGGCUCCGUGAGGGCGUCUUUGUCCUCAGCUUUGUGAGCAAAUCAUGCCCCGGCGCAGCCUGCCAGCGAGCAAGCACAGCCCUCCUCGCCACAGCGCUAACGAGGAGAAGGAGCCAGCGAGACCCCGGGUGCCCUCGCUGUGUGUCCUCCUUCUCGAUGAGGGGGCAAGACGCUUGUUCCCUAAGCGCUGGUGUGACUGUAAGCUCGUCUUUUGCUGUUAGAGCUGUUUUAGGCCCUCUCUCCUUGGGUCAGAGGUUGGCCACGGUGACUCGCCCAUUAAAAUAUGUCA